UUAUUUACGCACCAAAAUUUUAAAGAAAUUGAAGAUUAUUAUUAAGUAAACGCCGUAAAAUAGUCACGGAUGACGGAAGGCAGAGGAAGAUAAUAUAUUGACAAUAAAUAAUUGAAAUGGAGGAAUUAAAAACUAGCAACACUCUUGAUACUACAGAAAAUAUAUCUAAUUAUACCAGCAGCAGUUAUUUUAUGUAUGAGAUGGAUACUUUAAAUCCAAAACCUUCAUAUUCGAAAGAAUUAAUAAAUUGUGAUUUAAAAAAUAACCAUGAUCAUGGUAUCAAACCCUAUAAUAUCAAGUAUGAAGAAGAAAUGGAAAACAAUACAAUAAUGCCUUUGCCACAGCUACCACAUCUAAACUAUCAUUCCGACUAUGAAAAAUAUAACAAUAACUGCAUGCUUACUAAUUUAAAUGACUUUGGUCUCAGAUAUUUUAAUAUAAAUACUGAUGAUGAAACUGUUGAAGAAUACCCUCAUAAUGACAAUCACACAGAUUCUAGUAUUAAUGACAUUGAGGAAAUUUUUAAGCGCCUUUCACAAGAGUUUGAUGAAGGAAACAGCAAAGAAGCAGAAGUAGAUGACAGUGUUAAUGUACUAAAUGAAAAUAUUGAUAUUUUAAAUUUAGAUGGAUUACAGAAGCAUGUUAAUAAAACAUGUUAUAGUCAAGGCAGUGCAGUGGAUAGUUACCAAAAUGUAUUUCAACAAAAUAUUAGCUAUGAAGAACAUGAACAUUUGGAAGAAUGCAAUAAUAGACCAAAAUAUUGUGAUGAAUACCUGGAGCUUUUUCAGGAUAAUAUAGAACAAGUUUUAAAAUGCAAUUUAAUUACAAGAGUCUGUGGUACACACACCGUAAAUGAAAUACCAACUGAUAGGGAAAAUAUUUUAAUUAAUGAUAAUAAAUUUCCUGAUCUUCAUAAUGUUAUAAAAUAUGAUCAUGAUAUUUUAGUCAAUUUAGAAAGCAAAAAUUGUUUACUAGUUAAUGAUAAAGAAAUUAUUGAGAGUGCCAGUAACCAUAGUGAAACAAAAUCUGACAACACUGAUGCAUGCAGUUACCAUUCUUCUGAUUUUGAAUUUAUAGAUGAAGAAGAGGCUAAGAAAGAAUGUAAGCUUAAUAUGGGGCCGAUUAUUGACAAAGUUAAAAAUGUAGCAAACAAAACCAAAGACUUUGAUGGUAAUUAUACAAUUAAUGAUUACUUUUCCAAGCCUUAUCAAGCUAAUGAUAAUUCUAUUCCAUCAGGAAAUGAUUAUCACAAUCUAUUUUUAAUACAAAAUAUUCCUUUUUCUUGUUUGAAUAUUGAAAAUAAAGCACUUUCUUCCAUUAAGGGUAUGGAAGUGUCUUCAGGUAAUAAUACUGAUUUGAAAUAUUUAUUCAAAGGAGAUCCUAAAUAUAUAAAAGAAGCAGAAAAAACCGCCCAAAUCAUACUUUCAAUGUACCCUACUGAAAAUAAAACAGCACACAACCUGAGAAGUUAAUAAGUAAUUAAGACUGACUUGAAGGCGUAGCUUGAAGGGAUGUUUAAAAAAAAUAAUAAUGCACUCAAUAACUUUUACCAUUUAGGUUUCUAAUAAAACUUACUUUUUA